ACCGCGGCUGGGUCGGUCCGGGCGCCUGGAGGCAGGAGCAGUCGCCGAGCGUGCCCGUCGGCCGCCGGUCGCCAUGUCGUCCUUCGACACCAACCCCUUCGCGGACCCCGUGGACGUAAACCCCUUCCAGGAUCCAUCUGUGACCCAGCUGACCAAUGCCCCGCAGGGCGGCCUCUCUGAAUUCAACCCUUUCUCCGAGACAAAUGCAGCAACAACGGUUCCUGUCACACAGCUCCCUGGACCCUCGCAACCUGCUGUGCUCCAGGCCUCUGUGGAACCAACCCAGCCAAGCCCCCAGGCUGUGGCCUCAGCGGCCCAGGCCAGCCUGCUGCGGCAGCAGGAGGAACUGGACAGGAAGGCCGCGGAGCUGGAGCGGAAGGAGCGGGAGCUGCAGAACACGGCGGCCAACCUGCAUGUGAGGGAGAACAACUGGCCACCCCUGCCCUCCUGGUGCCCGGUCAAGCCCUGCUUCUACCAGGACUUCUCCACGGAGAUCCCGGCCGACUACCAGCGCAUCUGCAAGAUGCUUUACUAUCUCUGGAUGCUGCACUCGGUGACUCUGUUUCUGAACCUCCUGGCCUGCCUCGCCUGGUUCUUGGUGGACACCGGCAAGGGGGUAGACUUCGGCCUCUCGAUCCUGUGGUUCAUCAUCUUCACCCCCUGUGCCUUCCUGUGUUGGUACCGACCCAUCUACAAGGCCUUCAGGUCCGACAACUCCUUCAGCUUCUUUGUGUUCUUUUUCAUAUUUUUUUGUCAAAUAGGCAUCUAUAUCAUCCAGAUGGUCGGUAUCCCUGGCCUGGGGGACAGUGGUUGGAUCGCAGCCCUGUCCAUCGUGAAGACGGACCUGGCCGUGUCCAUCAUCAUGAUGGUGGUGGCCAGCUUCUUCACCCUCUGUGCCGUGCUCUCGCUCUUCCUGCUGAAGCGGGUGCACUCGCUGUACCGCAGGACCGGGGCCAGCUUCCAGCAGGCCCAGGAGGAGUUCUCCCAGGGCAUCUUCAGCAGCAGGACCUUCCGCAGCACCGCCUCGUCGGCUGCCCGAGGCGCCUUCCAGGGGAACUAGGCCUCCAGGGCGCCGCCUCCACCCAGCCUCCUCUCACCUGCCUUCUGAGCUGCACUUUGCAUGGGUGCCUUAAGCAGGGGUUCAGCCCGGUACAGACCCCAGGCGGAUCUGGCUGUGGCUCUUGCUCCUUCCUCAGCAGCCGCCUUUCCCUUCCGCCCAAGGGAGUGGGAGGGAGGGACUGGCACUUGUUGUCCACAAGAGAGAAGAAAAAAAACGAAGCUGUCUUUCCUCUUCUGGUGGCAGUUCGGUAUGGUAGGGUCCUUUUGUCUCUCUGAAAGCAGUGGGACUAAGCUCCCCCCAGUACACACAUCACACAUGUGCACGCUCACACUCACACACACACACACACACACACACACACACAUACAUACUCAGAUCCCUGGCUGACCUGGGUCCACCCAGCCGGUGUUUUUAUUUUGUUGAUUCUGGGGACACACCUGGCAGCGGUGCUCAGGGGCUACUCCCAGUGGUGCUCGGGGACCAAGCAGUGCCGAGGAUCAACGCAGGCUUCCCAUAGCUGUGCUCCAGGCCUUUGAGCUCUUGGAGUUUUAUCUUCACCCAGGUCUUGGGACUGUGCUCAUUGCCCAGCUGGUCUGGCCUCACCUGAAUUUGACUGCACAGACCCAGCCUGUGGUGUCAGCAGCGGCCCCACUUCCUGCCCAGCCUGGAAGGAUGCGCAGGAAGGGCAUCCCUUUAGGAGAGCCGUCGUGGGCCUGCGGCCAGCUCUGUCUCCGCUCACCCUCUCCGUCUCUGGGCUCACGCUGGUCCCCCAGGCGCUUCCCUGCCUGUGUUUCUUAUACACAGACUGGAUCCCCCGACUCCCUCCCCCCAGCCCCACUGAGCAGGGCCUGUGCCUGCUGAGCCCUCCUUGAGCCCCUCUGCCCUUCCCUCCUUAGACUUACUGAAUGUGCAAUGGGAUCUUUUGGGAUCGGGGGAAGGGAGGGUAGGCAGAUUGUUGCCUGUCGUCUGUUGUCUUACACAGCCUUUGACAGCCUUCUUGAAAGGUGAGGUCUGACCUGGGGUGGUUGGUUUGGCCUGUUCCCUUGUGUCCUGGGGGUGCGGGCUGUCAUUUGUCUGGCCUCGGGUACCCCCCUCCGCCCAUUACCUACCUUGUAUGAGGCGUCAGAACAUGGGAAUCAGUCCAGAAGUACUUCCUUUAGCUGGAACUGAUGGGCCCCCACUUUCUGAGGGCUCCAGCCUAGUACUCCAGCCCCACUCAGUUGAGUGUUUGUCACCUACUGGUCUAGGGUUCCCCCAGAGGUUGUGUUACUGCCAUGUGGCCUCGGUUCCCAGACCCUGUCUCCCAAGAACCAAGGGGCCUUCUCAAAAAAGCCAGCCAGCCUCCUCCUUCCCUAGGCCCCCAGACCUUCGAGGCUGCUGGUCCGCCCGCCCUGAGCCACUGAAGGUGAACGGCAGUGACCAAGGUUUUAUAAAUCCUUCUGGUGUUCUCCAUGUACAAAUGUAUAUGUUAUGUCUCAAUAUUUGUGCUUAAAUAAAGACAU